GUUGAUUACGUUUUUGAUAAGGUCAACUUUAAAAACUUAAACGAGUGUUGAGCUAAACUGUACGAAAUGGAAGUAACCAAUAAGUGUUCUGCUAUGUUAAGUAAUAUGGAAGUUCUGAACAUUUUAAACGAAUACGCAAACGAGCAAAAGCUGAGCAAGAACAAGAACUCAAGGAAUAACCAGAACUUAUCGACAAUAACGUAUGAAACAAUUAAGUAUCUUUCUGAGACACCAGCAGGGUUACAGAACCAGGCGUGCAUAGAAACAACUUUGAAAGCGCUUUUGCCGUUUGGUUUAACCAAAGCUGAAAAGCUACAGUUGGUAAACCUUCGGCCAACAACCGCAGUUGAGAUCUCCCUUAUUGUGGAAGAAAGCGAAGAAAGAAUCACUGAAGAGCAAAUUGAUGAGAUUAUUGAGAUUGUGUCACGCUUGCCGGCUCCGGAAGAAGAGCAAACUGCUGAAAAUAUGGAAGAAACAUGAUUUUUAUUUUGGGGGAAAAAUGUGAUGAUUUUUCCAAGGGUUUACUUUGUAUUUUUUCAUUGGGAAUUAAUCAAAAGUGCAAAUCAGAUUUGUGAACCUGUUAUAUAAUUCACUGAAAAAUUCCAG